GUUAUUUUCUGAAAGGCUUGAGCGUUGGUUAAAAUAUAUAAAACCCUAGAUCGAUCGAUGGAUCGACUAGAAUUGACUCGUUGAGGGAAACGGGGAUAGAUAGAGAGAGACGAAAGCUGAAUCGAAGAGUUCUUUUCGUUUUGGUAUUUCCUUGUUUCAAGUCGGAAGAAAAUCAAUCAGAGCAGGGAGGAUGGCGGAACACUUGGCUUCGAUAUUCGGGACUGAGAAGGACAGGGUGAAUUGCCCCUUCUACUUCAAGAUCGGGGCUUGCAGGCACGGCGACCGGUGCUCCAGGCUCCACACCAAGCCAACCAUCAGCCCCACCCUCUGCCUCUCCAACAUGUACCAGCGCCCCGACAUGCUCACCAACCCUGCCCCACAGGCUCAGCCCAACCCCAACCUCGAUCCUGCUCACAUCCAAGAACACUUCGAUGAUUUCUACCAGGACCUGUUUGACGAGCUCUCCAAGUACGGCCACAUCGAGAGCUUGAACAUCUGCGACAAUUUGGCCGAUCACAUGGUGGGCAAUGUCUACGUUCAGUUUAGAGAGGAAGAAGACGCCGCCAACGCACUUCGGAAUUUGACCGGAAGGUUUUACUCAGGGCGCCCCAUUAUUGUGGACUUCUCUCCGGUCACAGAUUUUCGUGAAGCUACAUGUAGACAGUAUGAGGAAAAUGUUUGCAAUCGGGGGGGCUACUGCAACUUCAUGCAUCUGAAGAAAAUUAGCAAGGAUUUGAGGAGGAAAUUGUUUGGGAGAAACAGACGACGGCGUAGCCGCAGUCGAAGCAGGAGUCGCAGUCCUGCUAGGUACCGUGGUUAUGAGGAACAUCCUCGUGGCGGUCGUGGUUUUGGUAGAGGUGGCGGUCGUGGUUAUGGUAGAAGAGACGAGGACAGAGAUUUCCGCUACCAUGAUAGGGGCAGGAGGCCUAGAAGCCGCAGUCCUGGACGUAGAGGGGAACGGAGUAGAAGCCCUGGGGGAAGGAGGAAUAGGAGUCCAGUCAGGGAAAGUAGUGCUGAAAGAAGAGCUAAGAUUGAGCAGUGGAAUAGGGAAAGGGAACAGGUGGACUCUGGUCCGAAGAACAAUGAGGGCAGAAUUGACGAUGACAGGAAUGGCUUUGCACAGAACAGUGAUGAGUAUAAUGACCCUGAGCAGCAGCAGCGUGGCCAAUACGAUUAUUAGCCAAAUUGGGUGUUUCUGGUUGGCUGUUGUCUCGGGAGGAUGUGUGCAGGACGUAACGUAUGUGAUGUGGAAGCAUUGCUGACUCUCUUGGAGCUUCAUACGAGAGAAGGCAUGUUUUGUCAAGAUUUCUAUCUUUUGGAGAACAGACUUUUUAAGUUAUGUAGGACUUGGAAACAGCAAUGGUUUAAAUUUAAUGUGAGGUCAUUUGGCAUAAUGAUUUAGUUUUCUGACUAUAUAUCGUUUAUCUCUUCCAGUGUUAUUCUGUUGUUGACAAGAACUAAGAAGUAUUGUUUUGUCAGUGAGAUUUUCUUUGUUAAAUUAUCUCGA